UGACAUGAACUGGCUAUUCGAUCAGAAAGUAUAAAUAGUAAACUCACUGGGGUUUCUUUUCUAUUAUGAAAUGGCAGUUUAGGAAGCUUUUUAAUUCUUAACUGGUAGAAACCGAUGAAAAAAAGAGAACUUUUCUAAUUGAAUUUGUUCUAUUGGUUUAAAGAGGUGAUAAAUGUGCGUAUUGGGAGUGUGAUGUGCGCGUCCAGUAACAAAAAGGAGGUGCGUUAAAGGAAACAUGAUGUGCAGCGGACAGAAAGGGGAACCUGAACUCGUCAGAGAGGAGUUCUCGACAGUGUUGACGAGGAGCCGGCUGACAAGCAGGAAGCGGCGGUGGACGGACGAACGGACGGACGGACGAGGACAAAUGUCGAGAGCCUUCAUCAUGAGAGGAAUGAUGUCUCUUUUCUGGGUUGUGCUUUGGUCACUGCUCCCUCCUCUGGCUCUCUCCUGUGGUCCAGACUACUGCAUGCUCCACGACCGCGGCUUAAAGGAAACGUCUCCAUUGCUGAAAUCCUUACGCUGCCACAAUGACUACAAGUCAUACGUCCACUGCAGGUGGAAGGAACACGGAAACCAAACACUGCAGCUGUGGUUCAAGACAGAAACCCACAGGGAGCAGUGUGCGCCUCACCGUGCUGAAGUGCAGCAUGCAAGUGUGCACAGGACGGCCCAGUGUAGAUAUGAAACUGAUACAUUUUCCAUUGGCAUCGAACACACGGUCUACUUCCUCCAGAACAAAACGCUGACCCUCUGCUCGUCUGUCCCACACAAGCUCCUGGACCUUUCUGUGCACCUGAGAGCGAGCCCACCGGUGAAUCUAUCCACACAUGGAGCAGGUGAUGGAGGCAGACAGCUCACUUGGUCCAGCCCCUACCCCUCCUCUUCCUCCUCCUCCUCCUCCUCCUCCUCUUCCUCCUCCCUGAACAAACACAUCACCUAUCAGCUCAGCUACAGAACCGACAGACAGGACAACUGGACGACUGAGGAGGUCACAAACACCAGUGUGAAAAUAGAGAAGCGGCUGUUGCUCCCGGGUCGCAGGUAUGAGGCGAGGGUGAGGGCCCGGGCCAGCGUGGGUCACUGGAGCGACUGGGGUCCUGUGGUGACCUGGCGCACUAAAGAAGAUACUGGGCAGUCUCCCAGUUUGCAUUGUGUGCUGGUUGGAGAGAAGAAGGUGAUGUGCAGCUGGGAGGUGAGCAGAGAGCUGGACCACUUCAUCACUUACCAGCUGGCAUAUCGACACAACCAGUCUCAGAGAAACUGUGUGGACUCAACAGUCACCUUUGACCUCGACAGGACUGUGCUGAGGUACAGCUGCUCAAUGACUGUCUCAGACCCUGCAUGCCUGCUCGUGGAGCUCCUCCCAGCACACGCAGUCAAGAGAUUCAAGGUCGACAAACACAUUCGGCCCGGCCCACCGCAGCAGGUGAAGGUGACGCCGAAAGACACCAACUGGAUGGUGGAAUGGACUCAGAGCACGUCUUCAAAACUCGGAUUGUAUUAUCAGGUGUGCUAUUACAGGGCACAGGAUCAGGGAUCGUCUGUCUUGGAGAACAUCUCAAUGGGCUCCAUGUCGUGGACAAUCCUGGGAGCCUCUCUGACCUCAUCCCAGCACUACGAGGUCAAGGUCAGGUCGCUGGUUGCCCACAGCCACUAUGAAGGAAUCCCCUCCGACUGGACCGUUCCUGUGGAGUGGACCUCGCAAGAAGCCAUCUGGUCCCCAACCACGCUGAUCUAUUUCACCAUCGGUGUGUUCGUGGCCGCUGCUUUCCUUAUGCUCUACUACACCAUUCCAGCUUGUCAAAGAAGGGCAAUUCUGUGGGUGGACUCAGACCCAUCUCCAGGCAAAAGCAAAAUCCUGUCCGACAUCAAGUCUGCCUCCAACCAGACACUCAUGCAGAGUGAGAGCAUAACUAUCUGCAAAGUGAUGAGUUUGGCCAGCGCGUCGACAUGCUCCUCAGACACUUUGCUGUGUCCAACCAAGAAGCGUCUGGAGGACAAGGGCUGCUGGAGGUGUAAGAACCUGCCCCCCCCUGCUGUGAAGGAGACAUCCUCCUUCAGCUUCAGCGGUCCGUACAUCUUAUGUCAGUCGUCAGAGGCAAAAAGGCGCGAGUCGGCGGAUGUCGAGUAUGAGGAGAACGAGCGGGAGCAAGAAACCCCAUCGGACGACUCUCCGUCUCCUCCCCCGGGGACUUUCGCCCCCUGGCCUCAGGGGGGCCCCGCAGAGGCCUCGGGGUAUUGCCACCUCCCCGCAGCUUUCACCAGGGCGGCACAGUAAACUCAAGGCCUAUGGAGGCGUUCUCAGCAGCUAUAAUGAAGCAAUGUGAUUUAUUGUUUCCACUUUAUUUUAAGCGACAUAUGCUCACAUGGGGAUACAGGCAUUCACUGAAUUAGAUGUUAUACAUAAGAGAUGACCCAUGUUGCUGGUCUUAUCUGACCCAACAUCAGGCUGGGUUUCUGAACAAUGGAGGGCAGUAGUGAGCUGAGUGCACAUAUAUCUCAGGGAUGGACUUCAGUAUGUCUUCAGGCUUUGAGUUUUUUUUUUUUGUAAACUUCCUCACACAUUCCAGAUCAGAAUGAAAUAACAGAAGCACCUUACACUCAUAUAAUACAAUACAACCGCCCCCCCCCCCCCUCUAAAUAAAUACCUUUGUGAUGUUCAGACUGUUUCAUUUGGUGGUCAAAAAGAUUCGUCAUCACCUCAGUCACUUCCUUCCUUGUAUACUUUCCCAGACAAUAUAAAUAUAUUACUCACAGAAUGUAUGGCCAUGUCGAACACACAGGGAUUCUGAAGAGCUGUGUUGAAAUGUAGCCUCUUUUUUUUUAUUUUUCACAUUCUCUUUCACAGCUGAGGUGGGAGAUGCAGAAUUAUGUCAGCUGUAUUUCAUGGGAAAUGUGUGCACGUUUGCUGACAGCCAUGUUUGGCUGCGGUCAUGUAUGCACGUUUGCACAGAGGUGUGUGAGUUAGAACCUUGUUGUCAAUGUUGUAGCCCAAGUGUUGCUGAAUAUACAAAUACAAUAUGUACAUGCUGAUGUGUUGCUAUGUUGUGUGGCACCAGGAAGUUCACUGCAUGCAAGUCUUUAGUUAUCGACUGAGGCCUGCAGAGACAUUAAAUGUACAUAGAAUAUGUUAAGUGUCAAUACAGAAGACUUAACGUCAUCUUCAGGUGUGUUACUUGCAGCACAGGCUUUAUAAUUGCUGAUAAAAGAAUUAUCGGAGAGGAAUAGUGGAAGUUUGCAAUGUUUGCUGCACCGUUGUAUUGUGCUAGUAAGUUAAACUUUAUAUUUUAAGAACGGCUUACACACACCUGCUCACCACAAACAUAAACAAGGGUUUAAAGUGUUCAGGCUGGCAGGCAAACUGUGUUGGCCUCUUAGAUGGCAGAUUAUUAUUUUUAUUAAUAAUAUUAGGCAACAAGCUGAAACUAAUGCCGAUACUGAUGGAACUGUCCUGCAAUGAAUCCUCCCACCAUGAAGGUUGUACUUUUCAGUUUUAGUUGAAACUGUUUUAGAGAAGUGUUCAGCUGUAUUGUGAUCAGUGGUUUUUUAAACGUUGUCGUCCCCCUCUUUGAAGACAAAUAUCCAUGCCUCAAUUAUAACAAAAUGCUUCUUUGAAAAAGGAAACGUGCAUGAAGGGGAUUUUCACGAAAAUAGUUCUAAAUACUGCCCGAAGGCAUUAGGUUAUUGCUAAGCAAGUAGAAACUCUUGCAUGAUUAGCACUAAAAGAUCUGCCCGGAUGCAGGUGACUAUAGCAGAAAGCAGUUAUAAAGAAACAACCCUUCAAUUCUAAUUUUAAAAAAGGCCAAAAGACCAAAGUUCCUAGCUGAAUCUGCUAAGUGGAAGUCAUCAUUAAUUUGAAGAAGGACCAGAACACCCUGAGCUUUAUUUCUCCACCUCUCUUAAACCCUCAAGAAAGGGUGUUGUCACACUCUGAUUGGCCAAGAGCUGAAAUGCACCAAGCUGCUCUCAAUUGUUAAUUAGGAGCCGGUAACAACGCUCUGUUCAACAGGUGAUCUGAAUAACCCUCCAAUCAACUACAAUGGGACUGGGCUGUAAUGUUUUCAGGCAUAAAAAUACAGUUCUCUCCUCGUCUUCAAUCACAUUCCCUGUGAACCCAAGAGCGAGACCGCCAUGACUGGAUUUACCCACUAGUGUGUCAAUAUGUGAAUAAGUGCAACAUUUUAACCUUACACAUGUAUGUAGGCUACGGUGGCCAUUAGGCCUCGUACACAUGGAUACGGGUGAUUUUGUAAACAGCAUUUUUUUUGUCCUUUUGUUCUAAAAAAAAAAAAAUCUCCAAAACCAAAGAUUCUGUUUUUCCCAUGUCUGGUUUUGUAGUUUCUGAAUAACUUCACCCGGGUCGGAGUUUACCAGUUUUGUGGAUUACAGGCAAAAAAGCUAAAUUUACAAAAAUGCUGUGUAUAUGUGAAUGAUGCCUAAAUUUGCAGCUGAGUUCUAGAUUAAAAGCCUUUGCAGAA